GAGGAGGAGGAGAGAGAGAGGGACUGGAGAGGGUUGCAUUGCAAGAAGAUCCGAUCAAGGCUAUUGCAAUAAGAGGGCAGGAGAGCGGGGUGGGGGCAGAAUGACGCUGAUUCGGGGCUAUUGAUCUCUCCCUCCCCUCUAUACGGGGUCAGUAGUUUGAUCAGAGCGCGCGCAGGAUCACACAGAAGAGCCACACACGCGCUUUUGUAACAUGAAGCGGCGCGUAUAGAGCUAUCCAACAGGACACUCAUCACCAAUCCGAUCCAGUCUGUCUCUAACCUGAUGACGGGAAAUAAUACGAUUAUCCAGCAGCACAGGAGAACGACGCGUUAUAUCUCUGGAGAAAAGUAACUGGUGUGGACUGACAGAUGAUGGUGCGCUCGAGAUCAACAGAUCUGGCCAUGAAGCCGUUCAGAAUCUCGGUGCUGAUGAUGUUCCUCUUCGCAUCUGUUCAUAUCUCGUGCCCAUCGCAGUUCCCCAGUCCGCUCAUGAUAAAAGAAUGGGUAGAUCAACUGCAGCAGGAGCUGGUUUCUCUAGCAGACACAGCCAGCGCUGGGAAUAAUCUAAGACAGAUCUUUAUGGAUAAUCAGAAUUAUUUCACUGUGAAAACAAAUAAUGCGGCACAGCUUGUGGAAACAGCGGCAAGGAAUAUAGAAAAUUUUUUGAAGAAGCGAGCCACAGCUCUAGAGACUUUGGCAACUGCAGCAGAGAAUUUCCAAAUGGAGCAUCAAUGGAAAGAUGAAUUUGAAGAGGAUGAUAUAGUUUACUUUAAUGCCAAGGAUAAUCUUGAAGCCAAUGAAACAGAAGGAAGGAAAAACCGGAUCAGACCUGCAUUUAAAGAAGACCCGUCAUUCAAAAACCGCCUCACCUCCUACAACCAUACGGCAGUGCAUAUCCCCACGGACAUAUAUGACGGCUCCACCAUUGUGUUGAAUGAGCUGAACUGGACUGAAGCACUGGAAGACGUCUUUAAGAAAAACCGAGAAGAGGAUCCAACGCUACUAUGGCAGGUGUUCGGCAGCGCUACUGGAUUAGCUCGCUAUUACCCAGCUUCCCCUUGGAUGGAUGCCAGGAAAACGCCCAGUAAAAUCGACCUGUACGAUGUGCGCCGGCGACCUUGGUAUGUUCAAGGUGCCGCGUCGCCCAAGGACAUGCUGAUCCUUGUUGAUGCGAGUGGAAGUGUAUCUGGACUGACCCUUAAACUGAUCCGAACCUCUGUCAGUGAAAUGCUGGAGACACUUUCUGAUGAUGAUUAUGUCAAUGUUGUCCAUUUUAACACAAAAGUGAAUAACACAGCAUGUUUCGACCACCUGGUUCAAGCUAACGUUCGCAAUAAGAAGAUCUUAAAAGAUGCAGUGCAGAACAUCACAGCCAAGGGCAUCACCAACUACACCAAAGGCUUCGAAUUUGCCUUCAAUCAGCUGUCAAAUCCAAACAUCACCAGAGCAAACUGCAACAAGAUCAUAAUGCUGUUUACUGAUGGAGGCGAGGAGAGAGCAGAGGAGGUCUUCAGCAGAUACAACAUUGACAAAAAGGUGCGUGUGUUCACAUUCUCUGUGGGUCAACAUAACUAUGACACCUGGCCAAUAAAGUGGAUGGCCUGUGCUAAUAAAGGAUAUUUCUACGAAAUCCCAUCCAUUGGAGCCAUUCGCAUAAACACACAGGAGUAUCUAGAUGUUUUGGGGAGGUCAAUGGUCCUUGCAGAUGCCAAACAAGUGCAGUGGACCAACGUGUACCUGGACGCUCUGGAGUUGGGCCUAGUCGUCACAGGCACGCUACCUGUGUUCAACAAGACCAAAUCUAGGAAGGGCGGAUCUCGAAACCAGCAUCAGAACCAGUUGAUUUUAGGAGUGAUGGGGGUGGAUGUGUCUCUCGAUGAUAUCAAAAGAUUGACGCCCCGCUUCACAAUUGGUCCUAAUGGAUAUUAUUUCGCAAUUGAUCCUAACGGUUACGUGCUGCUCCAUCCAAACCUGCAACCAAAGAACCCCAAAUUCCAGGAGCCUGUUACACUGGAUUUUCUGGAUGCUGAGCUGGAAAAUGAUAUUAAAGUCCAGAUACGGACUCUGAUGAUUGACAGAGACCCUGGGGAGAAAACAAUAGAAACGCUUGUGAAAUCUCAAGAUGAGAGAUACAUUGAUCGAGGAGUCAGGACGUACACCUGGGCGCCGGUUAACGGGACAGACUACAGCCUGGCCUUGGUUUUGCCUGAAUACAGUCUGCAUUACAUCGAGGCAAACAUGGGGGACACUAUAAAACAAGCCAUGUCCUUUGAAACCAUGCAGCAGGAGAAAUUUGAGGAAUAUGGGUACACCUUUAUUGCACCCAGGGAAUACUGCAAGGACCUCAAAAUCUCAUCCAACAACACCCAGUUUCUGAUGGACUUCAAUGAGUAUAUUGACAGGAAAACUCCAAAUGAUCCUCUAUGCUAUACAGAGCUCACGCACGAACACACCCAAAGAUCUUUGCUUAAUAAGCAUUAUUUUUCUCCUGAGAAGUAAGGGAGGUUUGUGUGUAUAUAUGUAUAAGAUGGAGUUUUGGCCCAGUUUGUGGCUACAGAUGGAGGCAUUACACGUGUGUAUCCUAAAAGUGCCGGGGAAGAAUGGGGUGAAAACUCUGAGACCUAUGAUUCAAGUUUUUACAAAAGGAGUCUGGACAAUGACAUAUACAUCUUCACCGCCCCAUACGUCAACAAGAGCAGAGAGUCUGGUUAUGAGUCCGGUAUCCUUGUCAGUAAAGCAGUGGACUUGGACAUUAAUGGAGCAAAACUCAAACCUGCUGUGGUGGGAGUCAAACUCAACGUGUCAGCCUGGAUGAACAGCUUCAUAAACGCUACCACCAAGAAAAAUUGCAAGGAUGAGAUCUGCGGGUGCCUCCGAAAUGAUAAGCAAGUGGACUGCGUGAUUCUGGAUGAUGGCGGAUUUCUGCUCAUGUCCAAUCAGGAUGAAUAUAUCACACAGAUUGGUCAGUUCUUUGGUGAAGUGGACCCUGUUCUGAUGAUCACUUUGGUCAAUACCACGCUGUUCUCUUUUAAUAAAACCUACGACUACCAAUCCGUCUGCGACCCAGAGAGAGAAACUAAAGCUGCUGCCGGACCCCGCUCUAUAUAUGUGCCAACGAUAGCAGAUAUGCUGACUGUAGGCUGGUGGGCCUCCACUGCGGUCUGGUCAGUUUUGCAGCAGCUACUUCUCAGUCUGACUCUCCCAAAUAUAGUGGGAACAGCGUACUCGGAGGAUGACCUCUCGGAUGCGUUCUCCAAAGAGAGCUGUAUCACCGAACAGACUCAGUAUUUCUUUGAGAACGAGAACAAAUCUUUCUCUGGAGCUAUGGACUGUGGAAACUGCUCCAGAAUGUACCGGGCUGAGAAGCUCCCAAACACAAAUUUGGUUUUUUUGAUCUCUGACGCCAAGAGUUCCUGUCUGUCCUGCGAUCCCAAACCACUGAGACAAGCUGAACAGCCCUCUACUGGUCCUGAUCCAUGUGUGCUGACCCAGAACCCUCGGUACAGGAAAGGACCGGACGUCUGCUUUGACAACAACGCAGAUGAGGAUGCGUCUGACUGUGGUGGUGGCUGCAGUUUCAGUCCAUCUCUCUGGCCGAUGUUGGCUCUUCAACUCCUUCUACUCUGGCUGCUUACUGGAACCAGAACCUGUUUGUCCUGACCAGAGCACAUCUACAGACUAGAAACAACAACUACUGACUGAACUGCUUAUUAUACAGACCACAACAUAACCACACUUCGACUAUAUGACCUAAGAUUGUUUGUUUGUUAGUCAACACAAAACAAUACGACUAAUGCAGAUUCAAACUCUACUGUAAAAUUGAAACGAUUCAUCAAUUAACUGCCAAAUACUGCCCUCUCAGACCAACCAGAAAAAGCAACACAGCCAGACACGAGAGACAUAUAUACACUUAUCUUUUUGACUUUUUAACACAGGAACCACGUUAUGACCACAGAAAUGGUUCAUGCAAAAUGUUUAGUGCCGCAGAUAUAAUGUGUCAACAAUGUGGUCAGAGACGGCUUGCAGCACCAGCCCGGAUCUGAAGCAGGGUUUAAUGGGACAGGAAAGACUGUUCAGCUCUGGAGCUCAUUAUGAAUUCUGCUGGAAGUGAGCUUUGCAGCAGUAGUAGGUCAGUGAUGUCACACCCAAGCCCUUUAGGCCCAUCAAGGGCUGUUUUUCUUGUUUUAUGUUCUUUGAUUUCUCUGGUAUGUGCAGUAGGGGAAAUCUCAUGAAGAAAUCUGUAAGUCAUAUUUCACCUCAACAUUAAAAGAUAUUAAUAUA